AUGCACCAUUGACUUAUGUUAGAACUUGGAACACAUUUUAUGAAGAACGUUUGCCAUUCAAGUUUCAACUUUGUAAGGGUAAAUUUGGGAGAAAAAAAAACGGUAUUAAAUUAAGUAAUUGUGUUAAAAUCGUAGUUUGAAAAUAGGGGCUGGCUAUUUGCAAGCGGAAAAAUUCUAAGAGGAAGACCAACCUAUAUCAAAUACCAAAAUAUUACCCUCCCAACUCAUGUUAUUGAAAGAGGACCUAAAAGCCAAUUCCUCCUACACACAAGACCACAACCAGACGACACGGACUUCAAGCUCACCGGAAUCGCCGAGAAUUCGCCCACACACCGAUGAAGCUUGUGUCGCCGCCUCCACCGCCGGAAAAUAAUCCCUCCGUCGGCACCGUAAAAUAUGUUAUCCAUAGCCGUCGAAAAAAGAAGUCCUCCAUCGCCGCCGGAAAAGAAGUCCUCCAUUGCCGCCUCACAAAUGUCAAUUUUUAAUUCGACACUUAAGUGUUUAAGUGUCGAAAUAUUGCAGAAAAUUCGAGUUAUGUUUGUAGAUCGAAUUCAAAAAUUUCGAUAUGUGCAUGUUAAAUUUCGACAUCACAGGGAGGUGUCGAAUUUAAGGGGAACAAUCGAAAUUUACGUGUCGAAAUCGGAGGCGGAAUUGCGGGUGUGGAUGUAGCGGCGUUUUCCGGCAUGGCAGCCGGAGGGAGGCUAGCAAAUUAGGAAGAAGAGAUUGAAGAAGAGGGAGAGGAAGCACCAAAGAAAGGGGAAGUGCGGAGAGAUUCUUCCGCGAAGUUUAAGUAAUGUCUUCGAAAGAAGAUGGCAAAGAGGAAGCACCACCUGUUACAGAAUCCGCCGAGCGUCGAGGUAGAAAGAGGGAUGAACUCUUUGUUAAUAUAAUUGAGAAGAUAAGUGUCACCUUCAGCUCUACCGGUUGUGUAUUGACUUCUGAAAUUGAUGGAACCAUUCAAACGAAAAGUUAUUUAACUGGAAAUCAAGAAAUUGCACUAGCUCUCAGCGAUAAGCUAUACAUUGGAAAAGGCGGACUACCAAAUAAUGACUAUAGUGGUUCUUCACGGAUGAGACCAGUUAUUUUGGAUGAUUGCCAUUUCCACGAAUCUGUACGUAUGGAUCGUUUUGAUGUUGAUCGAAUAUUGAGUCUGGUACCACCCGAUGAAGAAUUUGCUGUCAUGAAUUAUCGCACUACCCAGGAAUUCAAGCCUCCGUUUAUUAUUAACACCUUAAUUGAAGAAGCGGGAUCACUUGAGGCUGAAGUGAUUUUGAAAAUCCGUGCUGAGUUUCCUUCAAUCAUAACUGCCAACACAGUUUUAGUACAAAUGCCGUUGCCAGCAUGUACAACCAGAGUCAAUUUUGACUUGGAACGUGGAAUAGUUGAGCAGAAUGCCGAUUUCAACGAAUCACAGGGGAGACUCGAAUGGAGUGUGGAGAAAAUUGUCGGGGGGUCAGAGCAUUCUCUACGUGCAAAGUUAAAAUUUUCACAAGAGUUAGAUGGAAAUAUCAGUAAAGAAGCCGGGCCCGUGAGUAUGACCUUCACAAUACCUAACUAUAAUCCUUCAAGGCUGGAGGUGAAGAGUGUAUGGAUAGCAAAGAAGACCGGAAUUUCCAACCCGUAUCGUUGGGUGAGAUACGUCACUCAGGCUAAUUCUUAUGUUGCUCAUGUAUGAUGAUAGCGGUCGUGGUUUAUAUUUUCCCCGUAUUUAUAUUCGUUUCCUUUUUAUUUCUUCGAUUUCUGUUGAUAUUUCUUGAGUUAUUAGAAUGCGAAUAUUAUUAUUACAAAUGGAAUACUGUAGAGGUUUUUGUAUUA